AUGGGUUUCAGUGUCACUGCUCCCGAAUUCGUACCUGGCAGUCAGGAGUACGUCAUGGAACAGUCCGAGCUUCCGCAUUUUCAAGUCCAGGAGCCCGUCGUCGCCUCGUUUGUGUACUAUGAUCCACAGUUCAUGGCCUCUCUCGCCGAUGAACCUCGACUAUCAGUGCUAAACCCUCUGACUGGCGACUUCAUCAAUGUAUCACCGCUCCCGUGCCCCUUCGACUUCGAGGCCAACGAAGAUUUCGACGCCGAGUACGCCUUCGAUAUCUCCAGAGGAGCCUUUUUCAGCCAAGAACAGCACGAAGCCGGCCUGUACCCACAUGGGUUUCACUUUCGCACCAUUGACAAUCGCGAUGAUACAGUGCCGGAGCCCUUCUGUGCUAUCCGUUGCCCUGAAAGAUACCCCCUGUCAACGCCGCGUCGUCCAGAAACUUCGGCACUGUGGACUCAGAACAACAGACAGAGUCAUUUGAUCGAGUGGUAUGAACGAUGGACUCAGUACGAGGAGUACACCAUUGAAGAAAUGGAGGGCUCAUGUAUCCACCAUUUCAGCUUCUUCAACCAUCGCGUCUACAGCAAGUCGGCAACGAAGCCAGCGACGACGAUCGCCGUGCUCAAGUCGUCGUCGAAACACCUUGCGAUGACAGAUGCGAGAGACCUCCGCAUCCCAAUCACAGUCUCGUGGGCCUCUCGUUUCCUGGAUCCAGUGAGGUACACUGGCGACCCAGAGAUCCUUGACGCGAUGCGCGGGACAGAACUGGAAAACGCAGUGAUGGGGCAUUGCGACAAGCUGUACACUGGCAAUGGCUGGUGGUUAUACGACCAGUGGUCUCAGGAAGACGACCUGCCACUGCUCGAUCCUCUCGCAACGGACAAAUACCAGAGGGGUCACACCAUCAUCAACGGUUGCGCCGAAGGCUUCCCAACCAGCAGGGCGAUACUCAGCGCUGGUACCGAAGAAAAGCUCGCCAUUGACAAGGCCCGCAAAGCUGCGUUGCAGUCCCGAAUCGCAAGAGGGCCAGUGAAGUCAAGACUUGAGUUGUCCUGUGUAUCGUCCAGUGACCUCGAGGAGGUCAUCGUGUUCCCCUCUGUGAAUGCGCAACACUCCCAACACGAAAAGCAGCCGGCCUGCGAUGCGGGCCAGGACAUUGAGACUCCUACUGCUGCCGCCAUUGUCGCACCAGUCCCUCUGUCUCGCGAGGAAUUUCACCGUCGCCUGGCAGCAUUCCCUCUGGGAAGCGGGGACUGGGACGAAGAGGAGGACGAGCCAGCACCGAUGGUGGAGGCUGCAAGUUCCGAACGUGAGGCAUGGCUCCGGCGACUGGAGGAGCUCGGCCCACUGGGAAGCUCAAACUGGGCGGAUGACAUCGAAGACGAGGAGGCAGAGUUGGCGAGCUCAACAGAGACCGCCGAAACAAAGGCACCCAGCUUGCCAGAGCCAAGUACUACCGCCCAAGACGAACCGUCAUGCCCAUCAGAAGCUUCCCGUCCCGACCGCGAGGCAUGGAUCCGGCGAUUGGAAGCACUCGGCCCACUGGGAAGCGCGAAUUGGGCCGACGACAUCGAUGAUGUGGAAGAGGGAGAAGAAGACGAGCCGUUGUCGCCUGCGUCGUCCGUGGCUCUGGAAAGUGUAUCGUCAGAAACAAGAUCGCCAUCUACAUCUUUCUCCGCCUUUGACACAAGCUCUUCGGCCACCUCGGUAGCCUCGCUGGAGUCUGCCGAAACGAAGUCUCAAGACUCGCACGAGGCAGAUCCUGCCAGUAACGAGGAGGAUGAGGUGGAGAUAGUCGGCACCAUCGUCGAUCUCGACAGCGACAAUACCUUCAUUCGACCCUCAAUCAACGAGGAAACCGUACCGGCGCCUGCGGCAGGUCCAGAAGCGAUCUCCGAGGCCAUGCCACUGUCCCCCGCCCAGCCAGAGAUCCUAUAUCAAGCCCCACCCGUGUCCGCGCUGGCCAGCCUCCGCCGGCACAUGGCAGAGGCCGCAACAUACUCGGCUGGCUGGGGAAGCGGAUACGACCAGUGGCCCGACUUCUCUGGUGCCGCCGGGUUCGAAGCACUCGCACCCACGUCGGCGCACUCAGUGCCCGCGUCUUUCCCAAUACAAAGCGGCAACAACACAGCCACGCCAAAGGGGAAGUCGAGACAGUGGCUGAAGAGAGGACUCGUCAAAGUCAUGGGCCUGUUGACUGGAAAGGCCUCGCCGUUGCGAUGCCGGACGGCCAUCGCACCCUAG